AAAUCCUUAACUCCUUUUAUCUAUCAAUCAUGAUUCUAGUCGUCGACAUGGGUUGAAAGAGAAUUUGUUUUUCUUUCCUUUUUUUUUUUUUUUUUUUUUUGACUCCUCCAACAGCCGGCACAGGCCGUCUGAAUAUCAUAAUCCUUUUAAACUAUCACCAAAUUACAUGUAUGUAUGAAUACGCGUUUGGACUUCAAAAGGCCAACCUAAUGUUCUUUCUUGGUAAUUAAUCCUCUCUACUUCUGUGAUUAUCCAUCUGGGUUUUCGUUUUUUCUUCUUCUUUUCUCGAGGUAUUGAUCACUACUUUGUUUCCUCUGAAAUAUUCGUCUGAUUAGUGAAAAGGGAUUCGAAAAAACUUUCUGGGUUUUUCGGGUUUUCAUAUAAAGUCGCUUUCUUAUUCGGUUUUUUGUUUUCUCUUUUCAUUGAUUCUGUGAUUUUCCUUGUUGGGUCAGUUCAGAUUCCGGAAGAUUGGACUUUAGAAAUUCGUUCUUGUGUUUUCCUUGGGUUCAAAAUCGCGUGGGUUGACAUUCCUUUCUACGGUCUUCUUUGAAUUGGUUGGGUAUAUAGGGAGGUUUAGGAAUGUUUAAACAAAAUUUGAUUGUAACUGGAUUGAAUUUUGAUUUGUAAUUUAUGGGAUUAGUGUGGAGAAGGUGGUUUUGUGGAAUAUCUAGCGUUUGUUUUAAGAGGGGGUUGUAAUUUCUGAAGAAAGUUGGAGUUUCUUUAUUAGUUUCUGGGCUGAAAAAAUGGGUUGUCAAUGUUCCAAGCCUUCUGUUGAUGAAGAUGGCAAAAACAGAGCGACUGAGAAAUUUCCUUCACGAAAGGCUUCACGAGUUAAUUUAUUAAGAAAAGGAGAUGAUUUGGGAUUGAAUUCUUUGAAAAGAGAUGAAGAUGUUCGAAUAAAUUCCUCACAGAGAUCAGAUAGUAUUCGAUCAAAGGUGAAAACAGAUGGAGGUGACAUUAAACUUGCUUAUUUGGAUAAGAGGGUCAACGGCUCUAACAGAGUACACGAUGAUCAAAUUGAGAAAAAGAAGAGGGAGAGGUUGGAAGUUGCCAUUUCUGUUAAUUAUCCUGGUAAAGGAAGCAUUCCAAAGGCUAUGGAAGCAGAGCAAGUUGCAGCUGGUUGGCCAAGCUGGCUCUCCACUGUGGCUGGUGAGGCGCUUGAGGGAUGGCUGCCACGGAAAGCUGAAACUUUCGAGAAACUUGACAAGAUAGGACAGGGCACAUAUAGUAGUGUUUACAAGGCUCGUGAUAUCAUUCACAAUAAACUAGUCGCUCUAAAACGAGUUCGAUUUGAUAAUCUUGAUGUGGAGAGUGUGAAGUUUAUGGCCCGGGAAAUCCUUAUCCUGCGUAGGCUUGAUCAUCCAAAUGUUAUAAAAUUGGAAGGCUUGAUUACAUCACAGCGAUCAUGUAGCUUGUACCUCGUUUUUGAGUAUAUGGAGCAUGACCUUACUGGGCUCGCAUCUCGGCCUGGUGUCAAGUUCAGUGAACCACAGGUCAAAUGCUAUAUGCAACAACUUCUAAGGGGACUUGAUUAUUGCCACAGUCAUGGUGUCCUCCACCGUGAUAUAAAGGGUUCAAAUCUCCUAAUUGACGACAAUGGGAUCUUGAAGAUUGCAGAUUUUGGAUUAGCAAGUCCUUUUGACCCGCAUAAUCAAGUUCCCUUAACAAGUCGUGUAGUGACUCUAUGGUACCGACCACCAGAACUUCUGCUUGGAGCUUCUCAUUAUGGGGUUGCAGUGGACCUGUGGAGUACGGGCUGCAUACUAGCUGAGCUAUAUGCCGGGAAACCUAUCUUACCUGGAAAAACUGAGGUCGAACAGUUGCAUAAGAUAUUUAAACUUUGUGGUUCACCGCCGGAGAAUUAUUGGAAGAAAUUGCAGUUACCUCAUUCAACUGGAUUCAAGACAGCUCAGCCAUACCGACGUUGUAUUGGGGAAAUGUUGAAGGACUUCCCAUCUUCUGUGGUGGCUCUUGUGGAUAAGUUGCUUUCCAUAGAUCCUGCUCAUCGGGGAACAGCAGCUGCUGCUCUAAAGAGCGAGUUCUUUACAACUAAACCACUUGCAUGCGAGCCUACAAGUUUGCCCAAAUAUCCUCCCAGCAAAGAGAUCGAUGCAAAGUUCCACAGCUGCAGAAGGCAGUCGAGAGUUGAGGGCAAAGACCCUAAAGAUUAUGGGGAAGGGAGGCGACCAAAAGAAGCUCACCUUAAUCUUUCUCUGAAUGCUAAGGAUGAAAUAAACAUUAUGCAGAAAAGGCAAGGCCAUUCAAGUUUAAAGGGCCGGAGUGGUGUGUUGUAUCCUCGUGGGGAUGAAACAGUUUCUGGUUUAUUGAAUGCUCCGCCCAAACAAUCUGCCACAGAAAUUUGCUCAGAUACAGGCAGGAUUUCACAUUCAGGACCGCUAAUUAGCAAACCAGAUUGGAUGAAAUCUAGAAAGCAACUCAAUGACCAUUCGAUGGCACUUGACGGAUCCAAUCUCUCAGUAUUAUCUCGUUUAGUAGCAACGAGGUCUAAUAUAUCUGAUCAUCCCCAUGAUAGACCAGGUCCAUCACGAUCAGAAGUAGGCAGAUUGCCCGACUUCGUUAGGGAUUCAGAGUCAACGAGAAAGCAGGACCGGAUAUUUUAUACACACCGAGUUGCAGAUUCAUAUCGAGUAGAGAAUGAAAAGGCAUGUGCUAAAGAACAGUCCCUGCUUGCUUAUGGGACAGACAUGAAUAAGCUUUAUACUUCUGGCCCAAUCCUUGGUCCAUCAAACAACUUGGAUAGAAUUCUAAAAGAACGAGACCGUCAGAUUCAAGAAUAUGCUCGACAAGCACGACACAGUAAAGCUGGUGACAAUCAGUUAAAGGGUUCAAGAGCAACAACUGGAAAACAUCUGAUGUUGAGCCAUGGAAUGUGAGAAAGAUUACAGAAAUUGCUUGCACCCGGCAACAGAACCGAGAGUUGAGAGAGACCUAAGGUCUGAAAUGGCUUGAGUUGUAUAAUCAAAAGUGAUUUGGUCGUGUAGAAUUUUGGAUAAAGUAUUGUAUAAAAAGGUGGUUGUAAAGCACUACUACUUUUGAUUUUUGAGGGCACCCGAUACUGCCGUGGUGUUUGGCAAUUGUUCUCCAUUCUUCUUGUUCUUAGACUCUGAUGAUGUGUACAUAAUAGCAUCCAUAGAUUAUUAUUUA